ACUCAUGUCGGGAUUUUCGUCCGUCACAUGUCUGGCAUGGCCUUGCGGCUAUGAGCUCUACUCCCUGUACUAGGUCCUAUAAUGUACGUGUUGGUGUUGAUAUGUGUGUCAUCGUGAUCGGCAUUGCGGAGUUUGUCAUCUCUGUCUUUGCGGCCAGUUUUACUUGUUGUAGUCUUUACUUCAGCAGCAACAACAGUAGCCCUCAUACCUUGGUGACCUAUCGAGCCUGCCCGCAACAAAUGAUCAUUGGUGCACCACCACAGGGCGUGUAUUUCCCCACCGUUACUGUGGCCUAUCCGAACCAGUACGUUCUGCAGCCUGCAGCACCAGCUUACCAACCCCAGGGCCAGUUCCAACCUCUUCCCCAGUCACAGUUCCAAUCUCUGCCCCAGGGGCAGUUUCAACCUCUCCUGCAGGAACGGUUUCGACCUCCUCCCCAGGCACAGUGUCCACCUCCUCCCCAGGGGCAAUUUCUACCUCAAACCCAAGAGAAAUUUCAUCCGCAGGAACUCCCACGAGAUCAGGAAGAAGAUCGUUCUCAGUCUGAGCCUCUUACCAAGUAAACUGACGAACCUUUGUGGGGUGGUUUUUCACCUUGAAGAGACAAGAGGAAUAGAGAAA